AAAGGAAUCUGAUUUUAUCCGACUCAUUUGCUAUGCAACUGAUAAAUGAAAUUUCAUUUACACUGCAUAUCCGUUCAUUUUCAUCUUAAAACUUGGAGUUUAAGGCAUAACAUAUAUUAAGAAUGGCGUGGAGAGGAUUAGAAGGAGAAGAUUUGAAGAAUAACAUUCGACAGCUUGUAAUUGAUUUUGAGCCUCACAUAAGAGAAGCUGGAAACUUUGAAAUUGCUGAGGAGACCUUGCUCCACCUAGAAGAAAAUGAGCAACAUUUUCACAGAUUUGAGUUUGUAAAACAACUGAAGAGAAAGAUUGAUGAAGCUUUGAGUCCUUUGAUUGAGGAUGAGAUUGAAAAGUUUGCUAUGGCUGGUCAAGUUGACACAUCAGGACAAGAGACCUUGGUUAGCAAGAUCACACAAUGCGUCAUCCAUUCCAAACCUUAUUGUGACAUGUCAAGAAAAAUGAAAAGAUACAUAACAGAGGCUGUGGAAGAGUUGAUAAAAAAUUUUGAUGCAGAAUUUGGAUCUGGAAAACACAAAGAAACCUCUGAUCCUCUGAUAUAUCAUCGCCAUAGUCAUCAUGUUGAUAGUGAUGAAGAAGAGUCCUCGUAUGACAGUUCAUUUCAUCAGGGGAUGCUAUUGCUGCCAAACAGUGAGGAAUUGCAGUCAGUUGCAGACAAGCUUCAUAAAAGCAGAGACAUUCAGUCUAAGACAGAAGCCAUGCAGAUUUUGAAUCAGAACAUGCCAGCUGACUUCAUUAACAGUGACUACUGGCCCCAGAUUCGGAAAAAUUUGCUGGAUGUCAUGACCGAGCCAGAGGAACUACUCACACACCUGCCUCUGAAGUUCAUAACCAGAGCUUUUGUGACAACAUCACCACAAACUAGAGAAAUUUAUACAAUGCUUGCUGAGUAUCUGAUAGGACAGUUUCAAACACGGAAAGGAACGAUACCAAAGAUAAAGAAUGGUCUAGACAUAACAAAUUCUGCAAUAGCUAAACUACUUAAAGCAUUUCGCUUGUUGAAUGAGUUCCAGCAAGAAACGACUAAUUACUGGAUACGUUAUCCAGACAGAUACAUAGAAGAAAUCCUGGAGAGUACUUUGAACCUGUUUUCUAUUCAUCAGAUGGGAGGACCUGUAGGAACAUCUGCCCAGUUGUCCCCCAUUCAUUUCAUUGCAAUCAUUGACCCCAAGGCGCAAUGGUUCAUUAAGUGGAUGCAUGGCAAUUACAGUCGUCAUAGAUUGUUGAAAUUACUGGAAAAGUAUAGACCCAUUGUUGUAAAUGCUGUGCGUCAUUGUCUGGAUUUUUCAGCCAAUCGUAAACUUCCUUUUGAUCUGAUGAGUGAUUUUUCCGACACUUACUCAAAGAUUAACGUUGGAGGUGGUAGAAGAAGCUAUUAUGCAGGAGCAGAGCUGGAAUAUGCCUAUUUUAUUCAUUCCGUUCAUUUACUUGGUCGUUUGCUAUGCUUCACAAAUGGCCGCAAAUUUUUCCCCAUCAAGCUAAAAGAUUCAGAAGACCCGAUUACAAUUAAGAAGUUGCUUGUCUCUUUGGUUUUGGUUGUGGUGGAUCCAAGUUCCUUUACAACACCGGUACCUAGAGCUAAUAGUUUGUUUUAUGAACCUGCUACACUGGUGACCGAGAUUCUUAAGAUCCUUUGUAGCCAUGAGCAGACUGCCGAGAUAUGUCUGUAUAAGGACGAGAUCACAACAGCUCUCCUCUCUCCCGUAUCUCAGUUUCUGGAUGCACAGUGUAACAAAACAGAAACAGAGGGAGAGGAAGUUGAGCACAAUUCUCCAGGGGAGAGCACUCUAUUACACAUAGCAGACAUUGUAUCAAUGAUAGCAUCCAGUACAAAAGGCCGGAGACAUCUGAUGUAUGGAGAACGCAAGGACAUUUUCACACGCACAAAAUCAUCAGCUGCACAUAUCAUUGCUAAAUUCACAAAGAAGGCCCUGCUUGGAGAAAUUCCUCGUGAUGGUGGGACUGCUCCCUCAAAGAAUGUGAUUGGGGCAUACCUUUACAUCUGUCGACAGCUGUACAACACGUGUGAGGGGCUCCUGGUUCUGUAUCAGUAUGAACUUCAUAACGUCAUCGUCCGGGUCUGGAAAGAGGCUUUCAGAGAAUCAGAGAGAACUGUGACCCCAACUCCUUCAGAUAACAGCUCCAGUGAUUCAGACUCUAUCGUAACAGCCAGACAUGGCAAUUUGGACAUAAAUGCCUGGGAAGAUACUUUGAGAGACAACUUGCUGAACUUUGCCAGUUCUGCCAAAGGGCUUCUCUUGUUACAACAGACGGGGGCCAUGAAUGAGUGUAUGUCUUACAUGUAUGCUAGAUACGAGAAGAAACUGCAGGUUAGUAAGUGUGAGAAGUUUGGAUAUGGAUACAUGGUGACCCAGGUAGCUGCCACUGCUCCAGGAAUGAUAGCCCUGCAGAAAACAGGUUACAUUAAGUCACUGAUAUCAGAGAUGUGGUCGGUUCUGGAGUGUGGGGCUUCUGACACACCUCUAUUUACCCCCAAAAGCUGGUCAGUGGACACAAUAGAUAGAUCCUCCCACAAGCAUUUGAUCAGACUGCUGAAUGUCUUGUCUGCGUUCCCUGCUGUGUAUGAGGUUCUGGCCAACAAACCUCUUCCUUCCAAGCCAGAAUAUGGAUUCAGGGAAAUUCCUACAACUAUAGUAGAUUUUGUGGAUCGUCUUAUCAUGGUAGAUUCUGAUGCCAAAAUCCAUUCCUUGUUUAAUUUUGAACAGAGUCACACUUUUGGAUUGAGAGUACUAAGUGUGAUGAUUUGUUGUCUGGACACCUUCCUGUUGCUGCAGUCUCAGUACAACUUCCAGGAAAUCCUACUUUCUGCUCAGGAAGACAACCAUUAUCCCAAAGAAAACAUAAUUCUGGACUUACUCUCCUUGGAGAGGAACCACAUUUUGGUGAGAUCCUACCUUAUAGGGGGACCCUCAGAGAGAAUCCUGCCACCCAGAACCAUUGAUGAGAAUAAGAAGAAUGGUGUGUUUUCAUUUCCUCUGUUUUCAUCCUAUCCAGUUCCAAGAGAAUAUGUCCCUAGUAUUGGGGGGAGGUCAACAGUCAAACAAGAGUCGGAUGUGAAGAGAAAAGUUCUGGGUUUAUUUACAAGUUCAGACAAUGACCUGGCUAAAUUCCUGUCUGCGAAGAAACCAGAAAAGGGCCAAGCUUGGUUGGACAAAUGUAAAACUCUCUUCUCUAAAAUGUUGAUAUCGAAACCAGACAUGCUGAAAGGAAAUUUGUUGCAGCAGUUGCUGGAGGUGGGAGUUCCAAUUAUGUCUAAGAUUCAGGACGUCUUUCCAUUACUGGAAUAUACAGGUACAGAUAGUGCUUUAAAAGGUCUAAAACUAUCACCACUUCAGAAGAAUGGCAUCAAAAUGGCUAUAAGGUAUGGCCUUCACCUGAAGGUGAUACACAAUGAUGUAACAGAUCGCCUGGCCCAGCUUCUGAGGCAGUGUUCUUACUACCUCAAGCAACAGCAGAAAGCAGUUGAUUCUUCUAUAGAGUAUCUCCACUCAGUCUAUGGAGGCUUUGACUGGUUUGCUGCCACAAUUUUCCUGAUGUUUGGUGGUAACUUGGAGAAGUCCUGGAACUUCCUUCACAAGUUCUCCACCUUAGGCUGUUCUGGCUAUCUGUGGAUCCCAAGACUUCACUGCUCUGUUCACUUGCCAUCUGACCUGAUGUGUAGUGGAAUUUCCCCGUUGUUUUCCAGCACGGGUCAUAACAUUGAACUCAUCCUUCAAAUAGAACUUCCCCUUGUAGCCUCUGCAUUUAAAAUGUCAGGAUUUACUCCAGCACAGAUCUGUUUUCAUUGGUUGAAGCAGUGUUUCUGGAACUAUCUGGACUGGACUGAGAUUUGUCAGUAUGUCUGUCUGUGUAUUGUGAUGGGGAUUGACUACCAGGUGUAUCUGUGCUGUUCCAUCCUCAAACACCUACAGAAAAAUAUCAUGGAACACAUGCAAACACAAGAGCUCAUCAUAUAUCUGAAGGAGAAUGCUAUCACAGGAUUUCACUCAUCAAAUUACAUGACCUAUAUGAUUGGGCUUGAGAAGAAAUACAGAGAUACAAUAUUUAGGGAUAUGCUUAACAUCACAAGACCAUGACAAGAAAAUGUCUAAAAACAAAGACUUGUUGGUUUUAGUUGAAAAAAAUGAGACCUUGAGAAAUAUGCUAUUUUCAGAAAGUUUUGAUAUGCUGAACUAGAACAACAACAAGUUUGAUUAUUGUAGAAAGAUCAUGAAGUUGUCAGAUUGUUCGGUUUUCUUAAAUCAUCUGUUUUAAAAUUGUUGAUGAUAUAUGUUUAUGACAAUUAUCAGCUUUAUUCCAAUAUGAAUCUCAUUUUGCUUUGAUUUUGUGUCAGAUUCAUAUUUGUUUAGAGGAAAUUAUGUUUUGAUUCAUCUAUGCUAGUUUUUUGGUAAAUGUAUAUAUGUACAACCAUUUAACAUUUGUGAUAUUGAUUGUUGUGGAUACCCAUUUUAUUUAUGAAUCUGCAGUUUAUUUUUACUUUGCAAUCA